AUGAAGUUCCUCAAGGUCGGACGUGUCGCCAUCAUCACUCGAGGCCGGUAUGCCGGCAAGAAGGUCGUCAUCCUUCAACCCGUCGACAAUGGCAAGAAGCCUCACCAGUUCGGCCACGCCAUCGUAGCUGGCAUCGAGCGAUACCCCUCCAAGAUCACCCGCCGCAUGUCGAAGCCCCGCCAAGAGAAGCGAUCCAAGAUCAAGCCCUUCAUCAAGGUGAUAAACUACAACCACCUCAUGCCUACGCGAUACACGCUCGAACUCGAGGGUCUCAAGGGUGUUGUUUCGGCGGACACUUUCAAGGAGGUUUCUCAGCGCGAGGAUGCCAAGAAGACGGUCAAGAAGGUCUUCGAGGACCGAUACACUAGCGGAAAGAACAGGUGGUUCUUCACACCUCUGAGAUUCUAA